GCGCACAUUUACGUUACGUUGCAACAUCAGCCGUUCGAGGAAUUUUCAAGCAAAAACCCUGCUUCAGCUCGUAAACCAACCAGUCUGCAAAGGAUUCUCAAAGCAAACGUUUCACAAGUCAAACGCUAAUAGCGACGCGCACUUGAAAAUCUUUUGUGUAGAAAAUCCUAAGAAAUUGUGUUAAAAAGCAUAUUUUUUGGAGCAAAAAAAUACAAACAAAAUUUUUUUUGAAAAAAAAAUUUUUUUGAGAAAAUCUUUUUGAAAGUAAAAUUGGUGUUUAUUGAAAUUUUGACGAAAGAAAAAAUUGUGCAAAAACAAUUGUAACAUUUGCCAAGUAAAUUUUAACUGCAAUUGUAAGUGCUGCGAGCAAAGUUACAGCGGAAGUGCACGCCAACAAGCAAGCCAACGGCCAAGCAGAAGCACAGUUAAGCAGAAAACGACGCAACAACUGUUCUCCUCCAAUUCACGGCGCCCAACUUCAAGCUAAACUUAGCAAAAACAGUUACACACGGCCCAAAGCCAAGAAGUAGUUAUUUUUAGUACAGUAGCCCAGUAGUUGUCACACACUCUUUAAGCAAUGGAAUCACCCAGUGCAACUACCGCUUCAGCCGCUGCCGCCGCAGCUGCCGCAAAGCGCGUGCAAAUUGAGAAGGCGCACAAUUUUAUGCGUCAAUAUCGUGAUCCGGAAUCGCGUGAAUUGAAAAAAUUGUCAGCUAAUCAAUUUAUGGAUGUGUGGGCACAUUAUGAUAAAGAUGGUAACGGUUAUAUUGAAGGCACAGAAUUAGAUGGCUUCCUGCGCGAAUUUGUAUCGAGUGCCAAUGCCACGGAUAUUAGUCCAGAGGCUGUCACCGACACAAUGCUUGAGGAGCUGAAAUCUUGUUUCAUGGAGGCUUACGAUGAUAAUCAGGAUGGCAAAAUCGACAUUAGAGAGCUCGCUCAACUUUUGCCAAUGGAGGAGAAUUUCCUUUUGCUCUUCCGUUUCGAUAAUCCACUGGAAUCCAGUGUUGAAUUCAUGAAGAUUUGGCGCGAAUACGACACCGAUAAUUCCGGCUACAUUGAAGCUGAUGAGCUAAAAAACUUUUUACGCGAUUUACUCAAGGAGGCCAAGAAAAUUAAUGAUGUCUCCGAGGAUAAAUUAAUUGAAUAUACCGAUACGAUGUUGCAAGUUUUCGACGCCAACAAGGAUGGACGUCUGCAGCUCUCCGAAAUGGCCAAAUUGCUUCCGGUAAAAGAGAAUUUCCUCUGUCGCCAGGUUUUCAAGCAGGAAGGUAUUGAAGGUGCCGCUAAGCUGACAAAAGAGGACAUCGAAAAAGUUUUCUCCCUAUACGAUCGGGAUAAUAGCGGCUCAAUAGAAAACGAAGAGCUAAAGGGAUUCCUCAAGGAUCUGCUGGAGUUGGUGAAGAAGGAUGACUAUGAUGCGCAGGAUUUAAAAGCUUUCGAGGAGACCAUCUUACGUGGUGUGGGCUACGACAAAGAUGGCAAAAUCUCACGUAAGGAACUGACAAUGAUACUGCUGACUUUGGCUAAAAUGCCACCAGAGGAUGAACAAUAAGUUGAAUGCCAACAAGUAACACAACAACAAGUAUAAAUUGUAGUAUUUAUAAAAAUAAAAAAAUUAAAAAGUGGUACGAAAAAACAUAAAAAUUUUAAUAUUAAAGUAUUUUAGACUUAUGAAAAUAAGCAGCAAGUGCAAGCUAUUAAAGAGGCAAGCCGAAAAAAUGGUAUUAUAGAAGCAGAAAUAUGUAGUAAAAUUGAAAAAAAAUAAAAAACAGAUAAAACCAAUGAACAGUAAUAAACACACACACAUAACCACACUUUUUUGGACAGCUUAUGCGUUGUAUGACACGUUAAGCAAACAGAGGCAUAGAACAUGAGAAAAAAAGUAGUACGUAUAUUUGAAAAAAAUUAAAUAAACUUGCAUAAGCGUACAAUGCAGCGUAAAUAUUGCGAUUUUUAUUAAAAAAAAAAAAAUGAUUAUUAAAAUAUAUGAAAAAAAAUUAUCAAAUAAAUUAUAACAUACAUUUUGGAUAUUUAAUUGAAAUAAUUAAUUGCACGACGAGACGCCGCAAUAAUGCGUGUGAAAUGAACAACAAAUCAAGUGACAAAAACAACACAAAAACACAAGAAUACAACAAUAAAACAUUCAACGAGGGAAAUUAAUUACUUUAAAAUGCUGCCAAUGUAAAGCAGUCAAUGAAAUAUAUAAUAUCAAAAUCAAAGCCGAAGAAGGAAGCAUUAUUUAAAUGUUAUAUAAAAAGUGGAUGUUUCAUUUGAAGGCAAUGAGAUUUUAGCUACACUUAUUAAGUGUCAAGUUUGGGUACUAAAAAAAACUAGAGAAAAAAAAUAAACAAAUAUAAAUGACAUUUUUAAAGCAUAUAACAAUUUUUUUAAUUGCUAUAGUUGUUGUUUAAUGACUUUAUUCAGCUAAAAAUUUCGAACUUUUCGAAUUACAAAUAUUAAAAUAUAUUCUUGAACAAAAAUUAAAAAAUAUAUUUUUUUCUCACCGUAAGUUUCUAUUUAAUUGUCUAAUUAUUAUUUGUUGUAUGUAAAACGAAAAAUCUUUACUGCAUUGCAGCAGAAAAUGCUGAAAAAAUAUGAAAAUAAUUUGAAAAUCACAAAACAAACUCAGCCAAUUAAAAAAUAAUGCUUAAUUAUGUACAACAAACCUCCAAAUAUGUGAAAAAAUAAAUGAAAAUAAAAUAAACCAGCCAAUAAAUGUGCAUGUCCUAGCGUGAAAAAAUAUAUAUAAACAUCGAUUUUAUUGUUAAAAUAGUAAAUGUAAAGAAAAUAACGAAAACUUAUAUAGUAUUUGCAAAACAAUUUAUAUGUAUGUUUUUUAAUGUGUAUUAGUUUAUAUUAUACAUAUUUUUUAUUAAUUCAUACAAAUAAAAUAUUAAUUAUGUGGCAUAUGAGUAACGAAUUUUUAGAUAAAUAUAUAUGUAUGUUAGUUUGUUAAAAAAUGAUACAAAUAAAAUAAUAAUAAUAUUUAGAAAACAAAUGAUUUUUCAAAACUCAUGCAUGUGCUUGCAAUUUAACGCUAUUGAUGUGAAAAAUGUCAAAAAUGCUGUUACUGCAUCAUUACAGCGAAAAAAGUUUGUUAAAAAUUAUAAAACAAAAACCUCAAAAACGUGUUUUCUGUUGCGAGAGAAAUAUAUAUAUUUAAAUGUUAUACUUAUAAAUGGUUUAAAUGUCAUAUUGUGUACCUGUCAAAAUGAAGUAAAGCUUACACAUAGUUAAUUACAGUGCUUGUAACUUGUGCGCAAGCUAUCUUCAAUUACUUAAUUCAAUAAUUUUUCGAUUUUCACGCGAAAUGUAUAAAACUUGAUUGCUGGCAUGUUAAUUGAUGCGCUAAAAAACAUGAACUUCCUUUAACUCUAAAGCAAAAUAAAAAAAUAACAACAAUAUAGUUAUAACAAACUAACGGUAUUUUUCCGUUAACCAAACAUGCUGAAGUACAUAUUAAAAAUAAAUAAAAAAUAAUAAUUGUCAUAUAAAUGAAGCACAUAAUUCUUUCAGUGUUGAAAACAUGCUAUUAGGCAAUGCAAACAAACAAAUGUAAACACAAAAAUUGUAUAAAUUUUUUGCAAUAAAAUUUCAAAAAUGCAUAGAACUGAUUUUAAAAGCUUGAAAGUCAAUUUAAAACGUGUGAACGGCUCGAAAUCUAACAAAAUUGCAUUGAAAUCAAUUUCCGUGCUAUCAAGUAAUGUUCAGCUGUUAUUAGCAAUAAUGAAAAGGGUCAAACGAAGAGGAAAACAAGCAUUUGCUAUAAAUUACAUUUGUUUUAAAACUUUUUUGUAACAAAUAGUGUUUACUUAACCUUUUCGAAAACAUUACCAGCUCACUUUGGUCACAUUCAAACCAAACCAAUUAUGCACUAACAGCAAACAAAUGACCCUUGAAACAGCGAGCUACUAAAUAAACUUACAAAGUAAACUUCUUCAAUUAAACUUUUGCAUAUAAAAUUCAACAGAAACUAAUUUGACAAACUAGCUAAAAUAGACACAUUAUUUGAGUUUUUGAUGUCGGCUACUAAACUGAAACUGAUUGCUAUGGUAAACUAGAACUAAAAACACAAAAUGUCACAUUUCCAUUUGAAAUUGAGCAUUCAACAACCCGCACAUAAACAAGCACACAACAAUAACUUUUGACAUAAAAAUAGUACGCUGCUAUACACUGAUUUACCACACAUUAUUAAGCGCUCCCCGGCAAAGAGUUUGGGGAAAUUGAACAUUAAAAAGCAUUGGAGCUGAGUAAAGUGCCAACGAGUAAACGAACUAUCAGCACGCUGAUGAUGUGAAGUCUAUCAGUUGCGCUAAUGCUGCAGCCAAAGGGAAUGCUGUAGAGCUGAGAGCCUUAAAUGUAAAUCAAUACUUGAGGAAAUCUAAAAAACGAUGUCAAAAUCGACAGCAAGGUUGAGUAAAUAGGGUUUUAAUGAGGCACAGCAAAGGAUUGAGUGCGUGCAAAGGCAAAUAAACAAAAGUGAAAUGUAGAUUAUAUGCUGGCAGUUAACCAAGCUGUCCUGGCCAAUAACACACAGCCACCGUACACAGCUUACAGCUGCUGAUGCGCGCUCAAUCAACAUCAGCAAUAGUCUGAUAAUAAAGCACUUAUAAAGGCAGAAAAGUAGAAAAUUUAUGCAGAGCAGCUACACCGGCGUACUGACUAGUUAGCUAGAGUGAACUUGAGUGAUAUAAAAUCAUGCCAUUGAGGUGAUUGUUGUGCAACUGCUGCCUGGUACAUUAUACCAAUUCAAGUAGUGUGUUGUUAAUGUGGUGCGCUUUGUGAUUGAGUCCAUUAGAAUGUGCUGCUAGGUCGCUUUUAACGUUUCAACAGCAUGCCUAAGUAACAAAAAAAAAGGAAAAAUAAGUGGUUGUACGUUUAAACUAGUUAGUUAAAAUUGUAGUUAUGUGCUAGAGAAGGAAAAAAACAUGUAAACGUAGAAUGACAAUUCAAAGUGAAGAUCAAAGCAGUUAAAUGCAAAGUACUUAAUAAAAACACAAUGCUUCCUUAAACUACAUAGCCAUACAUAAGAGCAUGACCUAUAAUGACCUAUAACACUUCAAAGCAAAAUAUAGCAACAAUUUGUAGUGUAUUUAAGUGAUUAACGCUGAUGACGGGACAAGUCAUGCAGUGUACAUCACAAUUUCAGAGUCACCUAACAUUUACUAAGCAAACUAUUGAGCGAGAGAAAGCUACCUUAAAAUAAAUUUAAAAUAUAAUAAUAAUAACUAAAAAUUAUAAAACUAUUAAAAAUUAUUAAUAAUUUGAAUUUUUGCGCAAAAAUAUAACUGUUGAUACGGAGCACAUACUAUAUGUAUUAUAUGUAUGUAUAUAAGACAGCAAGUAAUAUAAAAAAACAACUUUAUUUUAAAAACUAUAAAAAAAUGAAACAAAAUUCAAGAAUCAAUACUUUUGAAAAAUAAAUUAAAUAAAUAUUGUAUUAAAAAACCAAAAUAUCAAGCUUUCACUUCUGAAAAAGUAAUUUAAAUAAAUUUAUAUUUAACAAAAAAUUUCCAAAACUAAACUUAUGCCUCCAGUAUAUAAAACUAUAGACAAAAAUAACUAUAAAAAUUAUAAAUGUUACUGCUAAAAAAUAUGCUACUUGAAAAAAAAACUAAUUAAAGGCGCUAUAAAAAAUAAUAAAUAUGAAUGUGUAAGUUUAACUAAAAAAUUAUUUAUUUAUUUUUAAUUAGGGCAUUUGAAAAAAAAUUAAAAAUUAAUACUAAAAAAAAUAAUAAAAAUUAAUAUAACAAAUCUAAUAGUAACUACAAAUGUAGCUAACUGCUGUAUUUACUAACUUGCUACGUUUUCUUAUACUACCUACAUUAAAAAAAAAGUUCAAAAAUGAUAACUAAUGUAAAAGUGAACGCAAAUUGUAUCUCUAACGGUGCUAUAUAUAACUAUCUAUACUAAACAGCAAAAAAAAAAUCGUUACACGAAAAUAUAUAACUAAUAAACACACACAACUGAUUAGACUUAACUAAUCAGCUGUUCAAAACGUAAAUGCAAAAUUUUACAUGUCGAUUUUAUGCCAACGUUAGGCAUGUGCAACCGCAAAAUACUCUGAAAAUGUUUGCGCAUAUGCUUAACUCGUUUAAAUUGCACGAAUUGCAGUUAACCGCAAUGGAAAAUGUGUGACGUUAGGAAACGGAAAUUAUGUGUGUGUGUAUAACGUGAGCGCAGGCGGCACUUAAUUGCCAGUGUUGCACAUGCCUAACUAGUGAUGUGCCGAUAAACACUAUUUGUUGUUAUAAAAUUGACAUGACAUUUUGUGUUUUAAAAGCAAACGUAGAAAAUACUAGAUUUAAAGUGAAAACGUAGUCAAAACUUUUUAUACUAUCGCUUUAGAUAAUUUAUUUGCAAAUACUUAAGCACUUUCUCUAAGCCAUAUCAAGAAAUGCUACAUUUAACUAAAUUUUUCAACUUAAAAAUAUAUUUCUUUAUAUACUAACAUAUAUAUAAUUCGAUUUUGUUUACGCAUUAACUAAAAACUGUAGUUAAAAAAUAAUAUAUAUAAUAAUAUUCUAAUUCUAUGGCAGCAUACAAAUCUAGUCUUGCACUAUUUAAAUAAUAUAUGAAAAUAUAUAAAAAGUAACAAAUAUGCACUUUAUGUAAAAUAACUACAAUUUUAACUGUAACAAGUAUUAAAAUUUCCACAAAUUGGUCAAACAAAAUGCCCUAAUACUGAAACUAUUCAUAAAAAUACCAAAAAGCCAAAAAAAACGCUUCUAGACAAACUUAAAAAUGAUGUAUGUAUAACUAAAUGUACGUACUUAAAACUGAAAAAAUAUUAAAAAAAAAAACAAG